AUGUUGUUUGGCUAUGAAAUUGCUGUUCAUGAAAGUAUUGAGAAAGUAGCUUUUACAGGUUCACUUGAAGUAGAAAUAUUAAAGCAAAAAAAAAUACAAGAAAUAUUCGUUAUCCCAAUGUUAAUAGAAAAAAAAAUUCAAGAAGCUGUAGGAAGAUCAAAUAUUAACUGUGUUAUGCUCGAACGUGGUACAAAAGCUGAUAUUGACAAAGCUGUUGAAGCUGCAAAAAAAGCUUUCGAGAUUAAGUCAUCUUGGCGUAACUAUCAACCCGCUGAACGUGGUAAUUUGCUACGCAAACUUGCAGAUCUACUUCGACGUGAUGUCGAUUAUUUAUCGAAAUUAGAAACAUUAAAUGGUGGAAAAGUCAUCAAUGAUAGUGUUGGUGAAGUUUUUGCUUCAGCAGCUUGUCUUGACUAUGUUGCGGGAUGGGCUGAUAAGAUUGCUGGUGAAACACUUCCAUCAGCACCAGGUACUUUUAUUUAUACUCGGCAUGAACCAGUUGGUAUAUGUGGACAAAUUAUUCCAUGGAACUAUCCGCUUCUCAUGCUAGUCUGGAAAGUUGCACCAGCAUUAACGUGUGGUAAUGUUGUGAUUCUCAAACCAGCUGAACAAACACCAUUGACUGCACUUUAUUGUGCUUCUCUUAUCAAAGAAGCUGGCUUUCCACCAGGUGUUGUUAAUAUUGUACCAGGGGAUGGACCAAAUUGUGGUCAGGCAAUUGCUGUUCAUGAAAAUAUUGAUAAAAUAGCUUUUACAGGUUCAGUUGAAGUAGGAAAAAAAAUUCAAGAAGCAGCAGGAAGAUCGAAUCUUAAACGUGUUUCACUCGAACUUGGUGGAAAAUCACCAUUGAUUAUAUGCGAAGAUGCUGAUGUGGAUCUUGCUGUUACAAUCGCUCAUAAAGCACUCUUUACACAUGCUGCUCAAAUAUGUGUUGCUGCCUCAAGGAUAUUCGUUCAUUCAAAAAUUUACGAUGAAUUUGUCUCUAAAAGUGUAGAAUUAGCUAAGAAACGUGUUGUUGGCGAUCCAUUCGACUCGAAAACUGAACAAGGACCACAGAUCAACAGUAGCCAAUUUGAAUCGAUUCUUGGGUAUAUUCAAUCAGGCAAACAAGCCGGUGCAAAACUUCAAUGUGGUGGUGAACGAGUCGGUGAUAAGGGUUACUUUAUUCAACCAACUAUCUUUGCUGAUGUGAAAGAUGAUAUGAAAAUAGCUCGUGAAGAGAUUUUUGGUCCAGUUAUGUCAAUAUUGAAGUUUGAUUCAUAUGAUGAAGUAAUCAAACGUGCAAAUGAUACACCUUAUGGUCUAGCUGCUGGUGUUAUAACAAAAGAUUUAUCACGUGCUUUACAACUAGUUGAACAAUUACAAGCUGGUUCAGUAUGGGUGAAUCAAUAUAGUGCUUUGCAAUUUCAAGCUCCAUUUGGUGGUUUCAAACAAUCUGGUCAUGGACGUGAAUUAGGACGAUAUGGUCUUGAAGAGUACUAUGAAAUGUCGUCAAGUGAUUCAAAAUCUCCUAGCGUUGAAAUCAAAUAUACACAAAUUUUUAUUAACAAUGAAUGGCAUAAAGCAGCAAAUGGUAAAACAUUUUCUGUCAUCAAUCCAAGUACAGGAGAAGAAAUUUGUCAAGUAGAAGAGGGCACUAGAGCUGAUGUUGAUAAAGCAGUUCAAGCUGCCCGUAAAGCUUUUAACAUUGAAUCACCUUGGCGUAAAUACGAACCUGUUGCACGUGGUAAUUUAAUGCGAAAAUUUGCUUCUCUUCUUCGACGUGAUGUUGAUUAUUUAUCGAAAUUAGAAACUCUUAAUAAUGGUAAAUCAGUAGAAGAUAGUAAAGGUGAUAUUUUUGCAUCAGCUGAUUGUAUCGAAUAUUAUGCUGGAUGGGUUGAUAAAAUCACUGGUGAAACCAUUCCUGGAGCACAUGAUCAGAUUAUUUUUACUCGUCAUGAACCAAUUGGCGUGUGUGGACAAAUCAUUCCAUGGAAUUAUCCGCUUAUGAUGAUGGCUUGGAAAUUAGGUCCAGCGUUAGCUUGUGGUAAUGUCAUCGUUUUGAAACCAGCUGAACAAACACCACUUAGUGCACUCUAUUGUGCUGCUCUUAUCAAAGAGGCAGGCUUUCCACCAGGUGAUGGACCUGAAUGUGGCAAUGCAAUUUCUGUUCAUGAAGAUAUUGAUAAAGUAGCUUUUACAGGUUCAGUUGAAGUAGGCAAGAAAGUUCAAGAAGCUGCCGCUAAAUCAAAUCUAAAACGUGUUUCACUUGAACUUGGUGGUAAAUCUCCAUUGAUUAUUUGUGAAGAUGCUGACAUCGAUUAUGCUGUAUCUGUUGCUCAUCGAGCCAUUUUUACCAAUGCUGCACAAAAUUGUACUGCUGGAUCUCGUACAUUUGUUCAUUCAAAAAUUUAUGAUGAAUUCGUUGCUCGAAGUGUUGAACUAGCUAAAAAUCGUGUUGUUGGUGAUCCAUUUGAUCCUAAUACUGAACAAGGUCCACAGAUUAAUGAUAGUCAAUUUCAAAAGAUUUUAAGUUAUAUUGAAUCAGCUAAAAAAGAUGGUGCGAAAUUAGAAUGUGGUGGUGAACGAGCUGGUAAUAAAGGUUAUUUUAUUAAACCAACAAUUUUUAGUGGUGUCAAGGAUAACAUGAAAAUUGCUCGCGAAGAAAUCUUUGGUCCUGUAAUGUCAGUAUUGAAAUUUGAUUCAUAUGAAGAAGUUAUCAAACGAGCUAAUGGUACAUCUUUUGGUCUUGGAGCUGGUGUAAUUACAAAAGAUUUAACACGUGGUCUUACAUUUGCUCAACAAUUACAAGCUGGAUCGGUUUGGGUAAAUGAUUAUGAUGCUGUAUGUAAUCAAGCACCAUUUGGCGGUUUUAAACAAUCAGGUCAUGGACGUGAAUUAGGACGAUAUGGUCUUGAAGCAUAUUAUGAAGUCAAAACAGUUGUUGUCAAACUUGUUUAA